AUGGCACCUGGAGAAGUAUUUAUAAAGUGUGUGUCGUGUCCGCUGCAAUCACAUCCUUCAUGCCUGGAUAUGAACGAAGAAAUGGCCGCACAUGUGGCUACAUAUCCGUGGCAAUGUAUAGAAUGUAAGCGCUGCAGCGUAUGCACAAUGGGUGAUCGCGAGGAGUCGAUGAUUUUCUGUGACAAGUGCGAUCGUGGGUUCCAUACAUACUGUAUCGGUCUAGCUGAGGCUCCGCAGGGAACUUGGAUCUGUCAGCAAUACUGCAAUCCAACCGGCAACCACGUGAUCACACCGAAACGACCAUCAGCAAGAAAAUCAUCUUUAGUGACUGUUUAA